AUGGAAAUUUUUCGGGUCUUCACAACACCCCUACUUCUCAAGGAAAUGAAGAUGGAAGAGGAGAGAAUUGAGGCUGAGAAAAAGAGGGUGAGAGAAGAGGCACAACAGCUUGCUCUAAUUUUUGAAACUGUUGGAGCUUUCAAAGUAAAGCGAAAAGGUGGCAAGGGAAAACAAAUUUUUGGAAGCGUUACUGCACAGGAUCUUGUUGAUAUAAUCAAGGCGCAGACACAGAGGGAUGUGGACAAAAGGAUAGUAUCUGUUCCAGAGAUCCGGGAAACAGGGGAAUACAUUGCAGAAUUGAAGCUUCAUCCUGAAGUUACUGCUAGAGUAAGGUUGAUUGUGUAUGCCAACUGAGGAAAGGCACCUUUCAAGAGAGUAGAAUCAAGCUAUAGACUUUGCUCUUUUAUUGGAUUGGACUGGUUCCUUUAAUGAACAUGAUCAUUCAAUGAUUGGAUUCAUUUUUGGAAGAUUACUCCCCCUCCUGAAAAAGAAUAUGGGAAAAAACAACGGAAGAAGAGAUGUGAUGUCAUAUUCGACUUGGGAAGGUGAUUGGAGCGUUUAAUUUCUUCGGCAACCAAACAUUUCUUUGUAACAAACUUUGACAUUGCAUCAACUUUUCAAGGUGUACUUUUGCACAUCUCCAUUAAUUCUAGAUAAUUAACUAUUUGCUA